AUGGCUGAUAUGAAACAUCUCAACUUGCCUGUGGGCGUCGUCUUUUGUUCGGACAUGGGGGCCCCUCAAGAUGUCUCGCAUGAUACAUUUGUCCGUCGUACUUUGCCGAUUGCUUCUCCGCCUCCAAAGAUUGUCAACGCAGAGCAACACUCGCAAUUUGUGCAAUCUUCUUGCACGAUCUCGGCUCUUCCGGGUCUCAAUAGUAGUAUGGCCUCGACCAGCUCUGUCAAGCCUUCGUUUAGCAGUUCUGCCACGCAUCCUAGGUUGGAACAGUCCAUCGUCGAUCCAGUCCGCCACGGCGACGUAUUUAAACCAAAUGGCAACUCUUGGCUUUCUACUGUCAUAUCACACUCCUACCGGCUCGCCCGUUUGUCUCCAGGUUAUAUAUCUCUUCCCAGGGCUUCUUUGCCUCCCCGCGAGCAGUACGAUGCUUCUCAACCUACCUACAAGCCUGCAACCCACGCCAGCAGCCGGUGCGAGGCGGCUUCAAGGCAGCACGAACGCUUGACUUGUGAGGAGUUCAUUCAUAGCAUCGACUUCGAGGCCCGCAAGCUUUUUGCGUAUGUCGAAUUCUACAACGGCGCUGCUCGAGCUCAGCUGAACGUUCAGCACACCCGGAAGUCUUCGCUUGAGAAGACACUUGUCGAUAUCGACAACAUCAAGCGCUCUCUUGAGCGGAUUCAGGAUAUUAUUCGAAUUACGGAGCGUGCCUGCAAGGAAGCCGCGACGGAGGAUACCUACAGGGAGAACUUGUCUUCAUGGCAUGAGGGGCACUGA